ACUGAGUUUUCAAGUUUUCAAGAUGGCGGCUAUCAGGACACGGCCAUUGGAGAAUCUUCUGAAAUUUAAGCCGAAGAAUAAGGAAAAGAGAAAGCAUAUUUAUAAAAAACUCAUCACUGCACUUGUGCAAUAUGAAAGGAUAGAGACAACGUUAAACAAAUGCCACGAUCUAUCACGAGUUGCCGAAAGAGUAGGUAUCCACGCGGUACAUAAUGUGAAUACCAGGGAAAUGAAACCUUGUCACUCUCCAGGUUCUCCUCAAUUCUCCCAUUUUACUGUGAUGUGUGUGUGUUUUUCCUCCAUGGGGUCUAUGAAAGCUCGCUAAUCUUGCAAUUAUUUCUGUCUCUGAUCAUUCAAACAAAGUAUUUCUCAAAGUGUAAAUCUUUUGGCAGACACCCAUGUCUUUCGCGGUAUGUUUAGAGUAUGCAAGAGCAUGCGGAGGUCUCUUAACCCUAUGACUCCCAUGAGUGACCAAGAGAGAAUUUCUCCUUUCAAUUUCAAUACAAUAUCUCUCAGAGAAGCGAUGAGAAUAAAGAAAAAUAUCGAUUGGGUAAUUAUCAGAAUUACCAUAAUAAAAAUUGUAUAGACAGUAAGGAGAAUUAUUAAUGAGAUCUUGGGAAUGAAGGGUGAACUAAAGAGCUCAUUUAACAUCUCAGGAUCAAAAUAUUGCAUAGGGCAGCUAGAAAACCAAGAGGAAAAACUGCAACCAAGCAGGCAUAAGUUCAAGUUGGACUUGGUGAAUCUAGACUACUAACAGUACAUUUUUCUUCAAUAGUUUUUCCCAUAAAGUCACAAAAAAUCAGGCCUAAUAAAAUUCACUUUAGAAUGCCUCAUGGAACUCUUCGCAUCAAUUUUUUUGCUGAUUUAUUGGAUUUGUGUGAGAGACUUCACUGGAAAGGAUGGACUGCUUGUAGUCUAUGGUGAAUUGGGCCAAAUGCACCUCUGGACCCAAGUAGUCUCAUUUUUUGUUGUUGCUCAUAGCAAAUGGGGUAUGUGAGUAACUUGUAUCGAAUUUUAAUUUCAGAUGAUUGAUCUUGCUAAAGUGGGAGAUGAAGAAACUAUUAACAGUUGGAUUACAGUAUGUGUCUCUAAUUUACACUAACAUAGGGCUGUUAGACCUUUAUCAGGUUACAGUGUUGCAGAAAAAAACUAGAAAUGGUCUAGAAAUGCUGGAAACAAACUGGCAACUAAAAAGCAUUGCAAGCUUCUCUGUUCAUUGAUAUGGUGUCUGUUUACAGUGCUUUAAAACGUGGUUUUUAAUUCUUUGUCAAUCACUCUGACAAAGGGUUAACGCUCGAAACAUCACCCUUUAAACUCUUAACAGCGGUCAAUUUAUGUUUUCAACUCAGUUGAUAACACUACAGGUGCUUUAGAAAUUUACACCCUUUAUUCAUUUGGUUUUUAAUUCAUUGGAUGAAUACAUUUGCCGAAGAAUUGUAUCAAACACUGUGAUGGUCUUUAAUACUGUAUUCCUUUUUUUAACAGAAGAAAAAUUUGAUACCAAAGGUGUUUGGGCAUCUCUUACCGCGAUACGAAAAUCAAGUGAAUGGUUACACAAGAGUAUACAAAAUACCACCGCGAAAGAGAGAUAUGGCCAAGAUGGGCAUUGUGGAAUUUGUUGGAAAUGAUCUGCCUCCUUUGUUACCAUCAGAGGAAGAACUGAGAAAGUUACAACUGAAAAAACUGACAGAGUUGACCCCCAAGGGGAUCCCCUCUCAAGGAACCCUUGUGUAAAUUAACAACAGUGACAUGUUGGUUUUGAUUAAUAUCCAUGGAUCUACUGUUAAUGCUAUGAUAAGCACUUCCCCAAGGAGGGGAGGAAGGGCUCAUGGGGUAUCAAUUUACAGGGUUUUCAGAAUGGGGGAGGGGGGGGGAGAAACUGAAGUGCAGAGGUUAUCAUGG